AAUACAAAUUCAUGGAGAGUUUUGAUUUCUGUCAUUGAUGGGUUUUUUUUUUUUCAUAGUCACGCCGUGCUGAAAAGCGCAACAAUUAAACAGAAUCUCAAAAAUUUCUGUUUCUUUCUCCCCAACACCAAACUUUUAACAUGGAUAACGUACUCGAAAAGCAAAGAAGUGCUCACGAAGACAUUGAGCGCCUUGAGCAAGCCAUUGUAGAUCAGUAUAUGGAUGAUGCCAAAACCCACCGUGAAAAGCUUUACAAUGAGCAUGUGGUAGACAAGUUUUUGACACGUAUUGCUGAGAAAAGCGAAUAUCUUUACGAACUUUACGAAGACAAAGACGGUCUUCGUCAAUCUGAAAUGGAAGCUCUGUCUGGAUCUUCAGAGUUUAGUGAAUUUUAUGAACGUCUCAAGGUUAUUAAGGAACAUCAUCGCAAAUACCCUAAUGAAGCUGUAGUUCCACCAGAGAUGGAAUUCAUUUACCUUUCUCAAAAGAAGGACGAAAGCGAUUAUGAAGAGUUGGAAAAGUUAUUCUCGGGUGAAGAAAGUACCGGUAGAUACCUUGAUUUAAACACACUCCACACCAUGUACAUCAAUUUAAAGGGUGUCAAAAAGUUGGACUACCUUCAAUACUUGAGCGAAUUUGAUGAUUUUGUCACCGUAUAUCCUAAAGCUAUCAAAACAACCGAGGACUACAAAACUUAUUUAAACGAACUAUUUCAGUAUCUCCAUAGCUUUUUCCGUCGAGCAAAGCCUCUUUAUGACAUCGCUGCGUUGGAAGAAGAAGCUCUUUUGGAAUUCAACGAUGAGUGGGAACAAGGAAAGGUUGCUGGUUGGGAGGAUGUCGAUAGCACAAAUCACGAUUUAUUUUGUCCUGCUUGUCAAAAACAAUUCUCGAAGCAAACUGUCUUCGAUGCACAUCUUUCGGCGAAAAAACACAUCAAGGCACAAAAGAAAUUAGACGAGCAAGGCAGCGAUUCUUCAGCAGCCGUCGGAACGGUAGAUAAUGUGGUUGGUGUAAAAGACGAUAAGAGAAAGGCGAUUGCCUGGAAAGAGCGUUUAGUCUCCAAAUACGCUGAAGCACUGGCUGAUUUCAGAGAAGAAAGUAAAUCGAAUGUUGAAAGAAAGCAAGCAUUAACAGAUAAGGAGCGUACUUUGGAGCAAGAACAAGAAAAGGUGGAAUAUGUAGACCAAGACUCUGACGAAGACGAUGACGAAAAGAUUUAUAAUCCCCUUAAAUUACCACUUGGUUGGGAUGGUAAGCCUAUUCCAUACUGGCUGUACAAGUUACAUGGUCUUGGUGUUGAAUACCCUUGUGAGAUCUGCGGUAAUUAUGUCUAUAUGGGCAGAAAGGCUUUUGAUAAGCAUUUCCAAGAAUGGAGACACGCACAAGGUAUGCGUUCUUUGGGUAUCCCCAAUACUCGUCAAUUCCAUGAAAUCACAAAAAUUGACGAUGUCCUUGCCUUAUAUCAAAAGCAAAGAAAGGAAGGUAGUAGUGCAGAAGCUAAGGCAGAUAUUGUUGAGGAAUAUGAGGACGCGGAAGGAAACGUGUACAACAAAAAGACUUAUGAAGAUCUUAAGAGACAGGGUAUCCUUUAGAAUAGACUAUUUACAAUAACCGAAUAAAAAAUAACUAGUAAAGGAAUGCCUUGGGAUAACA